CUACUACUGACAACAGAAAUAAUAAUAGUAAUAUGAAAAGUUUCAAUACUAAUCUCCAUCAGUUUUAUCAUGAUAUUCUUAAUUCAAAAGCAUUUAUUUAUUCAUUAUUAAAUGAUUCUAAAAUGGAAAUUGAAAUAUGGACAAAAUUAAUUCAUUAUAAUCCGACAUAUGAAUUAGCUUAUGAGAAAAGAGCUAAUCUUUAUCUCAAGUUAAAAAUGUAUCAUCAGGCAAAUAGUGAUUUUAUGAAAAUCCUCUGUAUAAAUCCCAAGUCAGUCUAUGCUCAAUUUCAAUGUGGUUUAUAUAAAUUUCACUCGAAGGAUUGGAGAACAGCAAUCUCUUAUUUUAAAAUGGUUCUUGUUAAUAAUCCAUCAUAUUUUGAAGCAAGAUAUUAUUUGGCUAGAUGUUUAUUAAAAUUAUCUAAUUAUAAUACAGCUUUAGCUGAAUUAACAACUUGUCUUUACUUUCAACCAUUGUAUUAUAAAGCUUUAUAUAUACGUGGUUGUCUACUGACUAAAACAUGUCCAUUACAAUCAUUACGUGAUUUAACAUUGUGUAUAUAUGUUGGUAACCAAAAAUAUCAAACUAUGGCUUUUAUCCAACGUGGAUUAAUGUUUAAUCAAUUAAAAAGGUAUAAAAUGGCAGUACAUGAUUUUCAAGCAGCUUUGAAUAAUGGAUCCCCUCAAUCAGCUGAUAUCUACCGUCUAUUAGGAUUAACCUAUAUACAAUUGAAUCUAACAACUAGAGCUAUUCAAGCGUAUACAAAUGGAAUAAAUAAAGAAACAAUACCAGAUAUUAAAUUGUUAUUAUGUAGAGCAGAAGCUUAUUAUCAAUCAAAUCAAUUUAACAAGGCAAUAUUCGAUAUACAACGUGUGAUACAUUUAAGUCCUCAUUUAGCAACUACUUAUUUAUUACUUGCAAAUUAUUUAUAUAAAUUAAAAAAUGCUCAAUUGAUUCAACGUUCUAUUCAACAAUAUUUAAGUUUAGCCGAAGAAUGUGUAAUUCAUAAACAAGCUAAACAAACGGCAUUAGCAUAUUACUAUCUGAAGAAAUAUAAAGAAGCUGAGACCAUUCUAUUAGAAGAUACAAAGCAUCAGUUGGUAUUAAGUAAUAUAUUAUUACUUGGUCUCAUCAUGGAUAAACAACAAAAAACAAUGAAUUCUAUUGAAUUAUUAGUAAAUAGUUUAAAGAAAUUAAAUUGUAAAAAACUUGAGAAAAUAGAAAUCUAUAAUCAUCUUGGUCAAUAUUAUAUGAAAAUAGGAGAUUAUAUACCAGCUAUUCAAGCUUUUACAAGUUUCAUUCAUUAUGAUCCUCAUAGACCACAUGUUUACUUAUAUCGUGCUCAAUCUACAUGUCGAUUGAUAGCUAUACACCUUCAUAAAAGAACUAUCUUACCUAACGAUUUCAAUGAUAAUGUAUUAAAUGAUAUAAGUCAAGCAUUAGUUUUAAUCCAUUCUAAAACGUCUUCAGUAGAUCAAAUUCAUUUGAAUGGACCUAUGAAAUAUGUUAAUUUAAUUGAUCAAUGUUUAUUAACACGAAUUAUAUAUUUUGGUAUCAAUCAACGUUAUACAAAAGCUAUACUUAAUUGUAAUGAAGUUAUUCAUAGAAGAUCAGAAUGGACAAGAAUAUGGAUUUAUCGUGGUGUAUACAAAUAUUUAUUAAAAAAUAUGGAUUUUUGUGAAGCUGAUUUAAAUAUAGCCAUAGAAAAAGAUCAGAAAUCUUCUUUAGCUUAUUAUAAUCGUGGUUUAUGUCGUCAAACACACGAUAAAUGGAAUGAUGCAAUUGAAGAUUAUGAUCAAGCUAUUAAAUCUGGUACUUUAAAUGGAUCAGUUCAACUUUAUAGUUUAAUUAAUAGAUCAAUCAUAUAUAUAGAAAAAUGUCAAGAUUAUCAUAAAGCUAUAAAGGAUUUAUAUCAAGCUAAAACUAUUAUGGAUAAAUUGAUGAAUUCUACAAUUCAAAAUGAAACUAACUCAGAUUUGUUUAUUAAAUUAAUGUAUACAAUUGGUAUUUGUCAUCAAAGACUUGAAAUGUAUCCUGAAGCCGAACAGAUAUUGCAUAAUUUAACAAUUCAACAACCAAAUUUUUUAAAAGGAUAUAUUGCAUAUGCUAAUUGUUUAAUGGAUUAUGAAGGUUAUAAAAUCAAAAUGAAUGAAACGAAUUCCAUAAAUCUUUGGAAUCAAGCAUUGAAUGAAUAUGAAUUCGCUUUAAAAUUAGAUAAAUACAAUUUAGAAGCAAGUAUUGGUUUAUCAAUGUGUUUACAGUAUUAAGAAGAAUAAUCAUAAUUAUCAUAACAGUAAUGAUAACAAUAAUCAUCAUAAUAGUGCACGCAAAUCCAGGUCUCAUCUACUAUAAGUUAUAAGUUUGUUUGUUUGUUUGUUUAUUUUUGUUUACUAUUGGGGAAAUAAACACCCCCCUUAUGCAGAUUGAACAUAUAUAUAUAUGGAAUAGAUACACAUUGUAUAGAAUAU